AUGGCCGACGCUAAGCUGAAGAUUGAGAUUUUGAAAUUCGCAAGCAGAGACGGAGCUUACCACCGAUUACCAUCUGUAUUCCGCAACUUCAUUGGGAAUACCCCCAGUGACAAGUUCAAGCCUCAAGCAGGUAGAUAUCAUCUUUAUGUAUCGUUUGCAUGUCCCUGGGCUCAUCGGACAUUGAUUGCUCGGAAAUUGAAGGGAUUGAGCGAUAUCAUUGAUGUGAGUGUUGUUCAUUGGCUCAUGGACGAGCGGGGGUGGAGGUUUCUGACUGCUGAAGAACAAAAGAAACUUGAAGGACCUGGAGACUUGAAGUAUGGAACGGUUGAUCAUGUUUACGGUGUUGAGAGAAUCAAAGAUUUAUAUUUCAAGGCUAAUCCUGACUAUGAAGGUAGAUUCACCGUGCCUGUAUUAUGGGAUAAACAUGAACAAACUAUUGUUAAUAAUGAAAGCAGUGAAAUCUUACGUAUUUUCAAUACUGGUUUCAAUUCCAUAUUGCCCAGUGAAUAUGGUGCUGUUGAUAUAUACCCUGAGGAUUUACAAAAGGAUAUCGAUGAGAUCAACUCUUGGAUUUACGAUAAUAUCAACAACGGGGUGUACAAAUCUGGGUUUGCCACAUCUCAAGAAGUUUAUGACAAGGAAGUGGUUAACGUGUUUGAGAACUUGGAUAGGGUUGAAGCCAUUCUUAAGCAAAACCAUGAAGUUGGGAAACAGUUCCUUUUGGGCAACCAAUUGACUGAGGCCGAUAUUCGGUUAUACACCACGAUUGUGCGUUUUGAUUGUGUUUAUCAUCAACAUUUCAAAUGUAACAUUCGAAUGGUCAGACAUGACUAUCCUCAUUUACAUUACUGGUUGAGAUUAUUAUACUGGAAGAUUCCUGGGUUCAAAGAGACCACUGAUUUCGAUCAUAUUAAGUUCCAUUAUACAAAGAGUCACAUUGCAAUUAAUCCUAAUCGGAUCACACCUGUUGGACCAAUUCCUAACAUUAUGCCAUUAGGAGCUGAUGAGAAGUUGUAG